UGCCGGACGCGUAAACAAAUUCUCCGAAUGUUUGUUGUUUUGUUUUGGCUUCGUUUUUUUCGUGUGGAAAAUCGUCUUUUUCCCCAAUUUUCCGUGAAAAUUUUAGCUUAAUUUGUUGUGCAGAGUGUGUGUGAAUAUUCCCUGUUGGAUUUCUUGUUGUUGAUUGUCGUGAUUGUGUGUAAUUUGCAGUGUUUUGGGUGAAAACAGUGAAUGACCCCAAAAGUGAGGUUAUCUUGUGGAAUUUGUCGGCAGCAGAAAAAAAUCAUACAGACAAAAUUUUCCAUCCAGCAACUAAUGAGCUAUAUAAGAUGUUCAUUUUCAGUUUGAUGCUAGAAAGAUCACGGAGAAACAGAUUAAGAGAUUGAAGAUCAAGAGAUUUUUCGAAACGAGCGCAUUUUUAAACCCACCCCACUAUCCUAUGGACCGGUCCAGAAUUUUCCUUAAAUUACUAGUUUGAGAGACUGGUGAGAGCAAAAAAAAAAUGCACUGCAAAAAUAUACUCUUGUGUUCAUUUAACUUGGCUAAAGCCAUUUGGGUAUGAUGCACAUUGUUAGGUAGGAAAUUUUCAAGAUAGAAUCGUGCAACAUUAAAUGGAGGGAUGUGCGAUAAUGUGGAGGAGGAUUUGGUGAAGAUGGACGUGAUGAAAGUGUCUGAGGAGGAUUUGAGACAAAUGAAACGAGACAGGGAGAAGAUGAGUGAGGAAUUUCAACAUUUUCUUCAGGUUAAUCUCAAAAAAUCCACCCAUGAUGACAAUAAAUCACAAAUAGAAUGUGAACAGUCGCAGCAGAAAGUGGUGAAUUCAUUAAAUGUAACACAAGUUGUAAGAAACUUGAAUGAAUCGCCAAGGUCUCCACUUUGCCAUCUUUCACCUCAUGCUAGUGAUGGGAUGAAGACACAGCAUGGGAUUUCAUCAUCGGUGCUGAUGAGCAUUAGAGAAUCACCGGAGAAGAAGACGGUGAAAUCCAAUGGUGGUGGUGCUGUGGAAAAAAAGAAGAUGCCACCACAUGGCGAGAGGACAGCUGAUGAUACGUGCAAAAAGGUGAAGAAUUAUGAUCCAAUCGAGAUGAGACGAUAUAUGCGUGAUCAACAGAAGAAGCGUCAGAUGGAACUGAAGAAGACACUAACUUGUGAUCAGGCACGGAAGUUAGAAAUUCAGAAGCGUCUGGCUGAUUUGCAGGAGAACACGAAGAAAAUCCUUGGACGAAAUGUAAAGCAGAAGGUGAUGGGGAAAAAACUUGAUUCUGCUGUGACUGUGAGGAAAAAUGCCAAUGGCUCAAAGGGAAGUCAGAAAGUUGUGGCAAAGAUAAAAGGUAACAAUACUGUGAAAAAGUCUCCACGCACCACAAGUGCCACUGAAAAUCGAGGGAACUUUCAUCAUGUGAGAAUUGUUGGAACACCUAAAGUGCCUCAAGGUGUGAACACAAAUGAUUUAGAUAAGAAUCUGCCCAGCCACAGAGAUAAAUCCCACAAAAUUCACGAUAAAUCAAAUGGCGGAAAAGUGAUGCUGGGCGAAAGUGGGAAGGUGAUUGAAGGAGAAUCUGGGAUUGAGGUAAAAUCUUCUGUGGAGAAACUUCAAGUGCCAGAUCAUCUCAAGGUGUCCAUGUUGAAGGAGCAAAAGAAAAAGAAGCCUUCCAACGAGAAUCUUCCACAUUGGUUACGACCAACUCCCGUUAAUAUCUAUCCCUAUAACUUCAUCACGGCUGUCCGGGAGAAAUUAGAUGCAAUUUCCAAUGCGCAACUUCCGGAGAAAUACACAAUAACCCAUCUGAAAAGCAUUCCUAAAGAUACUUCAGCUUCAUCUGGAAGUAAAAGUAGUGGUUCCAGGAAGAAUCCUGAUAAAUGGACAGAUAUCAAUCGCUGGACUCUACAGCAGGAAUACAAUGCCAAGAGGGGAAGAAGCUUGGAAGAUCCUCCACAAAAAGUCCAAAAUUCCAAUAAGAAAAAUCCCAAUACCCGAAGCAUUUCCGAGGGACUCUUGACCAAUUUCUCCUCAAUUUCCCUUCACCUGCCCGAAUCCAAUACAAUCUCCGACAUCAGUUCCAUCCAAUCGGAAAUUUUUCCCUCAAGCAUUCGACUUAGUAGCACAAAGAUCAGUCGAAGUGAGAGGGCUUCCGUGUCUGAUGGCGGGAAGUCUCCGGAGGCCUCACCGGAGACCACCAAUAUAUCAGCAUCAUCGGGUCGAUCAGUGAAGGGAGUUACUGAGUGUAUUGCUCCCGCCGCUGCACGAGACAAUAAUCAAUUGAGUCCACUGUCCGCGGAACUAGCUGAUACAAUGAGGAUUAUGUCACAGCCAGGGAAAAGAGUAGAAGAGGUGGUGAUUGCGAAAGAGCAGCCAAAUGACGAUGGGAACAGUAAUAAUGAGGGUGGUGGUGGUGGGAAAAUUGGUGAAUUCAGAAGUCUAUCGAGUGAUAAAUUUAAACCUCUUGACACAUCGGCCAAUAGGCAAGAAAUCCAUGAGGGAAAUCUCACGGAUUUAUUGGAAGCAUUCAACCGGAGUCUCACUCAAGUCAUUCAAAUGAAUCAGCAAUUGUAUUCGGCACUCAACAAGUCACCAAAUGCUACUCAGCAUCUGGUAAAGAAUCCGCCACCCAAUGAGAAGGAGGAGGAAAUUAUUUCUGCUCCAAAAGCCACUGAAGAUUCUGGAAAAAAUCCCAAAUAUGAAGAUUCUUUUGAGGAAGUAAAUUCAACGGUGAAGAGUGUCCCUCGUGAUGACCAGAAGCUGCUGGAUGAUGAUGCAACAGCAGCUCCUCGGGAGAGUGUCAGAGAGAUUGAUGGUUCGGAAGGAGUGGACAAGAGCGGUGAAAUUGAUUUGGGCUCCGGCACUGUUAAUUGUAGAGCCAAUAAAUCGACCGAGGAGUCAAAUGGGCUCGAGGCAAGAGCCAUCGAUGGCAAUUUGAUGGAUGCCAGGGAGACAAAUAGCACUAUUGGCAGUGAUAUAUUUGCUGUGUUCAAUCAAACCGACAUGGAAGUGUCGUACAUUUCAUCUGGUGGCGACGAAGCCAGAGAAACUUCGAUUACUUACUCAAAUAUUGGUCUCUAUGAGCAGAUGAUCAAGACGGAGAAAUUGAAAGGAGAUCAUCUCAUGACGAUGAUCCGGAUGCGCGAGAAGGCAUUAAUUGACAGAACUAGGGGACAAAUAGCAUGGUUGGAAUUGCAAAAGAAGAGAUUCAGGGACAAGGGAAGAGUUCUCGAGAUUUCAGCUAUAAGAAAAAAGCAGCGUGCCAUUUUAUUGAAGUUGGAACGUGAACGUGCUGAACUUCAACGUCAAUUGCGUACUCAGACUCAUACAAUGAUGGCCAGGAAGUCUCCUAGUCAUAGAGUCAGGGUUGUGGAGAAGACUAUCUCCAAUGUGGUGAGCUUGAGAAGAUCACCAGUUCCGCCACCGGAACAUCGUGGAGCAAUCAAAGGAUAUGAAAUUGAAGCUGGAGAUACUCUUGAAAAAUUGUUGGAACAGAGGGAGAAGGAACUGCAGAAACGUCGGGAACAUGUGGAAUUUCUUUUGCAGUGGCAUCAGAGGCUUGAGAAGGAAGAAAAGGAUGUGAAGGAGAUGGAGAAGAAACUUCUAAAUUCUAAUCUUGAGAGAUUGACUGAGAAGAAUCUUCCGGCUCUGACGGAGAAGUCAGAAAUUGAGGAGGAAGAUGUAAAACUGAAAAGAGUUGAAGAUAUCGAUAAGAGUUUGCAGAUUCUUCAGAAUAUUGUCCAGGAAAGUGGAAAUGAAGGAGAUUUUGUGGAUGUUCGUGGUGUUAAAUUGAAUAAUUUGUGGAAGAAGCUCGUGGGGAGGGAAGAAGAAAAAUUUCAGCCGAAGCAUGUCUAUAAAAUGACUAAAAAUGACUUUUCUCAGCUCUAUGAGGAAGCUAAAAUGAGGAUUCUGAAAGAGUUUCACGAUGAGCAGAAAAUGCAGCAGCUUUUGGAGGAAUCAAUGGCUUCAGUUACGAAAGAAUCAAAUUCUCAAGGGUCUGGAGAGGAGAAAUGUCAAGAUUCUGAGAAUGCUUUUCAGGAUUAUUCAACGGAUGACUUUGAGACGGUGACUUCUGUUAAAGAAAGUCCUCCUGCUCCUCCUCAGGAGACUCAGCAAAAGGAUUCGGAAAAAUCUCAGGAGGAAUCUUCAAAAAACUCCCAAGAAUCAAAUUCCCAAAGUGAGGAGAAUCAAACAAAUUCAGAAAAAGCCAGUAGUCAAUCAGAAACUCCCGUUGAAGAUUCCUUUCGUGAUGAAUCGACAGAGGUGCCCAGAAAUGUAGAAACUUAUCAAGAUUCCGCCCAGGAUAACAUUCCUUCAAUUGAAGAAGGUUUCAGUCAGGAAAUUCUCAAUGAAGCUGAAGAAGAGCAGCUUAUCAGUGAAAUGACAUUGCCCUCUUUUAGCGAAACGACAAUUGUGGACGAAGCGACUGUGGAGGAGAUUGAAGGGCUCGAGGAGAAUGUGCAAAUACAAGAUAGAAGUUCUGAAAAUAUUUCGAAUUCCCCGGAGGAAGAGACAGAGGUGAAUUGCCAAGAUAGCGACUUAUCAGUGAAUUCCAAGAGUGAAAUAUUCGAUAACAUAUCUCAAGAAUCUCUAAAUACCAUCCAAGAAUCAGUUUCAAUUGACAGUCCCGAAGAUAAUGUCUCCAGCAUCAAGGAAGUCCCCACGGAAUUGGAGAAGAGAAUCAUCGAAGUGGAUGUCAGCCUGAAAGAUUUGAGCAACACAAUGGAAAAAUCUCCAAUUCUCGAAGCUCUAAGUCCUCGAGAGGAUUCAUCAGUUUCCUCCCCUGAAGCCUCUGUGCCAUCUUCAGAAGAAUCUCGAGCAUCAACGUCAUCAGAAAGAUCAGAAAAUCCAUCUCAGGGAGAUGACAAUCCGUCCCAAGAAACCUCCAGCAAAUUCAUCCAAGAAGCCUAUGGAGAAGUUUAUCCGAAAUCUUCGGAUGAUUCACAAGGCAGUGGAAGUUUUUCGCAACAAAAAAUCCGGGAUUACAAAAUUCCCAACAGAAUGCCGGAUAUUAUCAGCGAAGCAGAAUUACUGAGGAGGCAGCAGAUGCAGAUAGAGCAAGAGAUUAAGCAACUGGAACAGUCAGUUCCGGCCGUUUUUCUCAGGGAGAUUCCCAACAAACCGCCACCGCCAUACGUUCCACCAGCUCAGGACAGCCCCUUAGCGACAAUUUUCCCAUCGGAAGAGAGGAUUGCGGAAUUGGUGAACAAUCGCACAAAGGAACUCUAUGCAUCAAAUCAAUCAGCAGAAUUGGACAAAUCCGAAUGCCACAACAUCACCAAUGUCUAUGAGAAGAUCAUCGUGGGGAUGUGCGAGGAGAUUUACGGCGAAAUCAAAGAGACUCUGGACACCCAAUACGACGCCCCCUUCCAACGAGUUCGACUUUAUCGCAACAAAUUGGCCUUUUUCAAUCCUCCGGAUCGACUGGGAUGCAUCCAGGAGCACAUCCUGGAGUCUAUCGGACGAAUCCUGCCUGGAGCUGGGAGCUACCCACGACAGAGUCUUCAGCUUCCGGCUAAUAGUCGCCGGAAGCGUGAUCAAAUUGACGAGAUUGUGAUUGAGGAGAUGCUGGAGGAUGAUUGGAAAUGGAGCAAUUUCCAGAUUGAGGAGACUGAGGUGUUGGAUACAAUGACAGAAACCAUUUUCAGCACCCUUCUCGAGGAUGCCAUCCGGGACAUUGACGUGGCUUACACCAGAAAGUUCCCACCAAACACUUGAGACAACGAAUUUUAACCGUGUGCCUGUUUUUUUUUUUUUUUGUACUAGAAUCCUCUGUAGGGAGAAUAGAACUUACAACUCAAACCUUUUUA